AUGAAAACCGGAAAUUCAUUACAACAAGAAAAUGUGACAAUAAGAAGACCUGCUAAGUGUAACUCGGAGAAUGACUUAACGAAACUAGAGAUGGAUAUGACAUCAUCGUCGACAAUGUUAUUUGAGAAUACUAUGGACAGUUUACCGAAUUUAUCAACAAUUGAGAAUCCUAUAGUAGUUGAGUUAAAAAUAAAUAAUAAUAAUUUAGCCUUAAAACUACAGUCAGCGCAUAAAGAAAUUGAAAAUCUAAUAACAGAAAAUUUUAAACUUAAACGUGAGUUGGAAAAUUGUCAAAUGGUAAUUAAAACACUAAAACAAUUAAAUUCAACUCAAAAUAACGAAGCACGAUCUACAAACUCAACACCGAGAAGAAAGGGAACUAAACAAAAUAAACUUAAACCACUACAAGAUAUCCUGUCACCAUUGCUUAAUAAUAUAAAAUCUACAAAUCAAGAUUCUACGGCUGAUAGUAGUAUACUGACAGUUACUGGUGAUAUAUUAACUAAAGACAGUAAAACGGAUACUGCAACAGACACUUAUACAUACUCUGACAGUAACAUGCACAAAAAAGAAAACAGUAAUAUGCGGAUCACUAAAAGAAACAAUAGUUUUAGCAACAAAUCUGAAAUAGCGUUAAAUGUUCAGCAGCAAGAUGUUGUAAAUAAAGUUAUUGACAAGGAUAACAUAUCUACUAAUAUUACUAAUAAACGGUCAAUAUUGGUGGAUCGUAUAUCUGCAAAAAAGAAAAUCAUAAUUAUUGCUGAUCAGUAUGGGAAAAAUGUCAGACACUCAUUGGAAAAACUUCUGGGUCCGGAAUAUCAAGUUUACUGCUUUAUUAAACCUGGUGCCGAGUCAAGCGAAGUGUUAAAUGUUUGGAAACAUGAAAUAUCUUCAUUAACAUUAAAUGAUUGUGUGGUUGUACUUACAGGAUCUAAUGAUCGUAAUACUUUUAAAUUAAAAUGUAACUUGAUGAGUUGGGUCACCUCAUGCCAAAAUACAAAUGUAAUAAUAUCGGAGGUUCCACAUAACAAUUACCUAAACUUAUUUAAGCUAAAUUACGAACUAAAGUUCUUAUGUAGCAAUUUUAAGCGAGCGGUGUUUUUGGAUAUGGAUUAUUGCAAAUCUGUCCCACGAAGAAAGCUGUUUGCUUUGAACUUAUCGAGGUCAUUACUGAAAGAAAUUUUAAGUAUUAGUUACAGACAAAAUUAUUUAAAUUAUAUAAAGAACGCUGCUUGUGUAACAGGGAACUCAAAAUUGUAUUCAAAAUGUGAUAAAUCAUGUCAAACAGAGUUUUGUAAUGUAGCGAUGGAAGGAUCAGCGAGUAAUGAAACCGAUGAUUCUUCAGAGUUUUUUCGUGGUCCAAAAUAA